GUGGGUUGAAGCAAUUUUAGCCACCAUUGACCAGUGUGCGAUUCACCAGUGUGCGUGUGUAUCCAAACGGUGUAUUUUGUUAUCGUUGAACAGACAACGCUUCCAGAUUUAACGUGCAGCAGGGAUACCUUUACCUGUCCACCUUGCAAUAAUGGAGAUGGUUUGGCUCUUUGCGGCGAUAUGGUUCACCGCCAAUAUGAUAUCGACCAUCUCUUCGAAGGCUGCCAUGUUAGACGCUGCAGUCCGUGGAACUAGUCACACCCUGACAGACUGGACACCAGCGUUCGAAGAACUACUGUGGCUCGAUCUGACCGUUCUUCAGCAUUUAACCGGAUCCAUCGCGGCCAGCUUCUGGGUAAUUGUCAUUCAACGCAAGUCCAUCUUCGCUGGCCUGACGAUUACGAGCACUCAGUACAUGCUUAUUGCAGCUGCUGGGAACGCUCUGGGAAACAUGGCGACGAAUGCUUCUUUUGCAGCGGUUAGCUCAAGCAUUACUCAAGUCAUUAAGUCAUGCGAACCUAUUGUUACCUUGGCACUGACGUUGCUCCUGUACAGACAAGGUAAAGAGUUGAUUUCCUCUCUAUGGGUCUCGGUCAUUGUCAUGGUUAUUGGAUCAUGUAUGUUCAUAUCAAGCCAGUCAUCGUUUAAUAUGUGGGGGAUAGGAGCUGCGGCAAUUUCAAACAUAGCCUUCCCAGUUCGUAACAUCUACCUGAAGAAGUCUAAUUUAUCUGCACAUCAGGAGCCUCUUCAACAAUUUGCGGCAAUUUCUAUCUACAGUGUUAUUAUUCUUAUUCCAUGGGUAGGGGUUAAAUAUUUAUUCUACGCCUUGCCGAGACUUCACCCAGCAGAGAGCAUCAUGUCGAGUAUUUUCCAUUUCAUCUAUAAUGCAGCAUCAAUAACCGUUCUGCAAGCUUUCAACCCAGUCGUCCAUGCCUUACUGAAUCUUUCCAAACGUAUCAUUGUUAUCAUCGCUAAUUUGGUUUAUUUUGCCACACCAGUCUCCUUCCAAAUGGUCACGGGUCUGUUGAUCUUCUUUACUGGGCUUGCUUUUCUGCAGUUGCGUCGUAACCUAAAAUCCACUGAGGCGGGAAACCUCGGUAUUGGGAAAAACAAACAAUCAUCUUUUGUUAAAAAAACAAUUAUUGUUUCUGCCGUCUGUUCUGUAGCAUUUGGAUUAGGUCACAGUUUAAGCAGCAUUAAUUCAGACGGAUAUUUAGGAAUAACUUACCGACAAGAUACAAAGGCAAGUACUAGACUCCGUUCAUCUCAACUCCUUAACAUGACCACAGCUUGGGUAUACGACAAUUCAGUACCAGAGAAUAUUGUGCAAAAUCUAGCAAAUAUCACUGACCGCAAUCGCCAAUACUAUCUUAAUGUCUACUGUGGAACAUCUCGGUGUCUUGAGGCAUUUGGACGUUUUAAGAAGCCGAACAUGAUGGUUAAAUUCCUGGUAUUGACUGACAUCAUGGGGGAAACACCUCUCGAAGAGUGGUUGGCCCGGCAUCCUAUUCAUAAGAUCAUGACAGGUGUUAACUUCGAAGAAUACCUCCACGACUCCGUCAGAUUAGCUCUUCUCUGGAAACACGGAGGCAUCUAUAUCAACCCCUUGGUAUCACUGAAUGAUUUUAAACUACCAGUAAGCAGCGACGCGUGGCUUAGCACUGAUGUGGUCACUACGGAUACGUCUAGGGUCUUGAUGGACCUGUGUUACUUCCCACCUCAACACCCAUUCAUCAUGAAGCUCAUGAAGGCAUUCACUGAUCUGUUUCCUCAUCAAAACAUCCCCAAGACAUCAGAGAGCAAGGCCAAACUUUUGACUUUUGAUUUUCCUGCAAUCGUGAGAAAUAUGCAUAUUUCUUUAAAAGACCAGAUAUCAUGUCCGAGAGUCAUCGAGAUUACAACAGGAAAACUCGCCACGAGUGGCACCAAAGAGUAUCAUUACGGGACGCUCUCGUAUAACAUGCGUGUAAAAAUUACCGGCUCAUCAAACCUUGGGGAUGAAAUGCAGGGUUUCUCAGGUGUUCGUUUCUUGCCUUUUGUCGACAACUUUAUCGAGAGAGAAGACUUACGGAAAUCACAAAGCGGUGGUCAGAUCACGAUGUUCUUGAAUGCAUGGUGGGGCACUCCUAGUACAUAUUGGCCACCGCCAGAAAACAUUGAUCCAAUAAUGGUGUCCAUGCACUUUACUGCCGGGCUUCAAAAUAAAAUUGCACAAGGCAAAGCGUUCUUUGAAACAAAAGCGCCAAUUGGUUCUCGGGAUACAGACACCCUAGCAUUCUUUCAGAAAAACAAGAUAGAUGCGUUCUUUUCUGGCUGCCUCACUAUUCUUACCAAAAACCCAAACACCGGCAAACCAGCAAACGAUAUUUUCAUGGUAGAUGUCAAUUCAAAUUAUUAUAAUUUUCUUCCUGAGGAUGUUAGACAAAAUGCAAAAACACUGUAUCACAAAAUGCAAAAUGUUACAAAGAAUGAUAUGCUUGCGCGUUACCAAGCAGCGCAUAAUUUGCUAGAGUCAUAUUCGCGCGCCAAAUUGGUCAUAACUCAACGUCUUCAUUGCGCUAUGCCUUGCGUUGCUAUGGGUAUUCCGGUUAUAUUUAUUGAUUCUCCAGGAAUGCCUGGAGGAGGAGGUGACUCUAAGAGAGGCACCAGUCGUAUCCAAGGACUUAAGUCGAUGUUCCACACUCUAGAUAUGUAUCAAAUGUCAGAUGAAGAUGCCAAGACGUGGUUAAGUGAGUUCAAGUGGAAUAAUCCUCCUCCCAACCCAGGUGUGAGUGAUGUCAUGAAAUUUCGUGCAACUGACUGGAACAUCAUUCGGAGAAACCAACAUCUUUAUGAUAGCGCUCGCAAAUUUGGUAUGCUACCUCUGUCAAGAUAUAAUAAAGAUGCAUCGAAGCAGCUUUUAUUUCAUGUGUUGCUUGCACGCACAGACGAUGGGUCGACAGUAAAACCAACCUGGUUUGAAAUGAGAUCUGUUGAAUCGAUUCUACGGCAUCAUCCUCUAGCUACAGUUAACGUCUAUAGCAACACCGUACAGCAAAGACAGUUUGACGUCCUGACUGAAAGUGGUUACAAUGUCCAAGUACACAGUUUGAAUCUAACUGACAUGGUAAAACAUAUAGAUUUAGACUCGUCUCUAGCAAACACAUUGUCCAAGAACAGUGCCACACUGGAUCGUGACCUCAUUCCGAUGCUGAUUUUGUACCGCUGGGGUGGGAUAUACAUGAGCCCAGAUAACGUCUUGGUGCGGAGUAUCGACAAGCUGAAACACAACUCCCUACUUUGGAAAAACGAAGGGAAGCAACAGUUGGAGAUGUCAUUCAUGAAAUUUGAGAAGGAGCACGUCUUCGUAAAGACGUCUUUGGUAUCGCUUUUGAAACGGUCAGUCGGGGUUAGUGGAGCACAAACUCUGACUGAAACUUGGCGGAAAGAAAGUGAAAGUAGUCUAAACGUGGAAGUUAUUGAAGCAAAUAACUUUUACGUUUCAUUCGCCACUGAGAAUAAGAAUGAAUGUUUUGACAGCAAAGAUGGCGCUACGUUUGAUGCAAACAUGAAGAAAGUAAAAUCUGAUGUUUUCCUCGUACGAGUUGAAGGCUUCAAGUAUUUGUCUGCAAAGUUAAAAGACGGAACUAUAUGUAAAUAUAUAUACAACUCCUUUUGUGUGUUGUGUAAUGAAAUUUAUUGACAAGGUAAACUUUACAGGAGGAACCAAAAAUCGUUUCAUCGUAAAAUAAGCCUUUUCGAAUCAACAUAAAAUAAUAACAUUUGUUUGUCUAUAUCAAUUGACGGUAUAUUAUUGCCUUUCAUACAAGCAAAAUUAAUAAAGAUUUGUUUUGGGAGUUAAUUUUUUUUAUUAUUUACAACUCGGUUAUUUAGUUUGUUAGGCUCCGCACUGAACAAAAUGGGGUGUUACAAUUUAAUCCACACUACCAUCACUGUUGUAUUAACACCUUUGUAAAACGCUUUUCACACUAGUUUUGUCCGCGGGAACUUUCAGGGAACUGUUGGUAAUUUCCCGGGGAAAAACGUAUUCCCACGAAAUAAUUAACCCUGCUCAGGGGUAGGGUUAUUGGAGUUAACCCUGGGUUGAAACUUGUAUUCCGGGGGAAAAGCGGCUAGUAAAAACAGAAGCAGGUUUAACUCACCCAAACUUCUGCGUCCACUGUGUUGAGACGUCUGCAUGGGCUGACAUGUUUACUACAGCAUAGUGUUCUGAUAACGACCGCGCAUAAUAUUCCAGGGCAAAAGUUGAGUUGGCGGUGAGUUUAUUUCCCAGGACAAUUGCUCUGUAGUGUGAAAAGGGCUUAAUUGUUUAAUUUAAUAGCAUUAUUUUAACACCCUAAUGGUGUACAAUUUGAUUAUUCUGUUAAUAUAACUACACAUGUACAUGUAUACAGGAGAACACCCAUGGUGUUAAUUUAAAAUUCCAUUUGUUUGUUGCAGUGAGGUGAACAUAAUGGCGUACUCUUGUUAUUUUCUUUUACUUGGUAAAGUAGGUUCCUCUCCAAAUAAUCGUCGCAAUUUUGUCUGUAUUUAGUUUGUUAUUUCACGGGGUACUUUUUGUAGGCAAACAAAAUUCAAUGUCAACGGAUUUACAUUAAACUCACACACUGUGAAGAUAAACAUAGUAUCAAGCGUCCCUUUUAAUACUACUUGCUGAGGGGCAGUAGUUUUUGAGAAAUGAGUAAAACAAGUUGAGCAAAUUUUUAAAAAAAAAAAGUAAAUUUUUUGGCAUAAUGUGUAGAAGCUUCAAACUUCACAUCGUUUUUUUAUAUUAUAUCUGCAAUAGCCAAUAGCAUAAUUUAUAUUAAGUCAGUUCCCACGUGCAAGCGCCGAUUGUC